UUACCCAUCGUCCUCUGUCUUAACUCCUUUCACGUAUUGGGUUUCUCUCAUUUUCUUCCAAAAUUCUACCCCCCCACAACGGCAAAAAUAAAAGAAAUGGAUAGACGGCACCGGAAGCAAGCCAAGACCACCGCCUCCUGCUCUCAAGAGGUGAGCAGCAUUGAGUGGGAGUUCAUAAACAUGUCUGAACAAGAAGAGGAUCUUAUUUAUAGAAUGUAUAAACUCGUUGGGGACAAGUGGGGGUUAAUUGCAGGUAGGAUUCAAGGGAGAAAAGCUGAAGAAAUAGAAAGGUUUUGGAUCAUGAGACACGGACAAGUAUUCGCCAACAGGCGUAGAGAUCACCAAAACUGAUUAACAAUACAUCUACUUAAUGUUUAUAAGGAAAGAAUUGCUCUCUGCCUCUUCCUUCAUUUCUUUGGCUUUUGCUUUCCCUU